AUGAAUGGACUGAUUGAGACAUAUAGCAUUUGGAACCUUCACGGGGAACAAUUAGACUAUGCUUCGUCUUCAAAUACCACAAGAGUGGACAAUGUUGAACCUAUUGUGGAUCAUAAUGAUCAAGUCAUGGUUAUUAUACAGGAUGCUUUUCCAUUUGCAUCGACCAACAUCAAUCAGGAAGGGGAAGAUGACGUGCCUACACCAAUAGACAGUGCAGAGUUUGAACAAUAUGAAAAACUGUUAAAAAAUGACAACCAAGAGUUAUAUCCGAGGUGCGAGAGUUUUUCAGUUCUCAUGAUCAUUGUGGAGCUAAUGCGCUGA